AUGCUUCGAUCGAUUUGUGUCAGCAGGAGAAUUUCUCCACCAAACACCAUCAAAACCAUAUCAUCAUCAUCCUCAUCAACAACUACAUUCCUAUUCAUCAUGUUAAUGCUGGUAGUUGUACUGAUACCCUCCUAUCAUCAUACCAAUAAUAACCUUUUUGUACAAGCUGCUUUCAAUACUUCUUCGGAUGAGCCACAAAUUGAAUUUGCCAAGUGGAGCACGGACGUACCUACAUUUCAACUCGGAUCAAUCAUUGAUGUUUCUUUUUCAGUCUUCGCUCAACGGCCUGCAGAGUUUAUCAUUUCCUUGCUUUCCCAAGGUGCGGAUCACGAAAGGCCGAGAGUCUAUUCUCUACCGGAUGAUAAAUUUUCAUAUACCAACGAUUGGGUGGGUCGAAUCGAAAACAAAACGCUGAAAAUUAGUUUGCCUUUCGAAUUAGUGGAAACAGAAGAAGAGUUUUAUAUUGUAUUCACGACGACCAGCACGACUGACAACAAGGAAUUACAAUUCAAAUCGCCUUCAUUCAGAAUUUCAGUACCAAACACAUCCAUUUCUUGGCCCACCAUUGUAUUGAUUUUGUUUUUCCCACCUGCUUUAAUUUUGGUCGCUGUGAUUGGUGCAUUUGUGAUGUGUCGAAGGCAUAAAGCAAUCUCUCAGCAAGAAAAUCAUGAACUACAGGAGGAUUAUCAACAACAGUAUGAUGAUGAUGAUGUGGAUAUUCAUUUUGAUCAUGAUGAUGACGAUGAUGAAAGACAACGACCUAACAAGUCAUACAAAGAAAAUGAGCCACGUGUGGCAUUUGUCUUAGAGGAUGAGGAUGAUGACGAUCAUCAACGACGAAACGCACAUAUUGACGAUGAUGACAAUGAAGAAAAACGAGGAAACUUCUAUUAUACGAGAAAUGUUUAA